GAGAGCACGCGCUAGGCGGCGGGAGCCCGACAGGACCCUUCUGGUUCGCGGGGCCCCCGGCGCUGCCAUGUCGGACUGGGAAGCGGACAGCGACGAGGAGUUCCGCCCCGGGAGCCGGCCGCCAGGCCCCCCGCUGCCGGAGUGGCAGCCGGCGGUGGCCCCCGCUCAGAGCCGGAGGAGCCCAGCGCCCCCGGUGGGCGGCAGAGGGCGAAGCGGAGCCGCCGGGCCCUGUGCUAAGGGCCAGGAGAAGAGGCCGGCCCGGAGGGGCAGCGGCUCCCAGGGCGGCUGGGGGAGGCUGGAGGGGCAGCGGCCGUUCCCGUUACACGCUCCCCGGGAACCCUGGCUGUCGGGCCCCCUGGAAUAUCGGCCCCGCGGCCCCCCCAGGGAUCGGGGCUUGGGGGUGCCGCUCUGCUUCCACCUGGACAACGCCAUGAUCGGGACCGUCAUAGGUCGGGCUGGAACUAAAAUUAGAGAACUUGAGGAUUCUUCAGGUUCUAAAAUACAGGUUGUAAGGGGAGCAUAUGAAGCUGAAGUAAAGAUUUUUGGUAGUAAUGAUACACAGAACAAAGCCAAAAUGUUGAUAGAUGAUCUUGUUAAGAGGUAUGGCCAAAAUUACCCUGGAGACAGGACUGAGAAAGCAGGUUCCCUCCAACACCAGGAUUUUGGCUCUAGUUAUUCCACUGAAAGCCAUCAUAAUCUUGUCAAGUCUGGAAAUGGCCCACAGAAAUCAGUAAUUAACUGGGCAUCUCUUCGAGAAAAUAAAGCUAAAUAUGAAGCUAUGAAGUGGGCAGAUUUGCCUCCAAUCGAGAGAAAAUUUUACAAAGAAUCACCCAAGAUUGCUUCCAUGCCACAAGAAGAAGUGGAGAAGUGGCGAAAAGAAAAUAAUAAUAUCAUUUGUGAUGACUUGAAAGAAGGUGAGAAGCGCCAUGUUCCCAAUCCUGUUUGUAAAUUUGAAGAUGCAUUUAAAUAUUAUCCUGAUGUUAUGGCAAAUAUCAGAAAAGUUGGCUUUGAGAAUCCUACGCCAAUUCAGUCACAGGCUUGGCCAAUCAUACUUCAAGGAAUUGAUCUCAUUGGUAUAGCACAGACUGGUACUGGGAAGACAUUAGCUUAUUUAAUGCCUGGAUUCAUUCAUUUGGAUUCACAACCAAUCCCAAAAGAUCAGCGUGGUGGGCCAGGUAUGUUAGUCCUCGCUCCCACUCGAGAACUAGCUCUUCAAGUGGAAGCAGAGUGCUCAAAGUAUACGUACAAAGGAAUUAAAAGUAUUUGCAUAUAUGGUGGUGGGGACCGAAAAGGACAGAUAAACAUGGUUACCAAAGGUGUGGAUAUUGUUAUUGCUACUCCUGGUAGACUGAAUGACCUUCAAAUGAACAACUUCAUAAAUCUGAAGAGCAUAACCUACUUGGUUUUAGAUGAAGCUGAUAGGAUGUUGGAUAUGGGAUUUGAACCUCAAAUAAUGAAGAUCUUACUAGAUGUACGCCCUGACAGACAAACAGUCAUGACUAGUGCUACUUGGCCAGAUGGUGUUCGCCGCCUUGCAAAAUCGUAUUUGAAAGAUCCUAUGAUCGUAUAUGUUGGCACUCUUGAUUUAGCGGCAGUAAAUACAGUUGAGCAGAAAGUUAUUAUUAUCCCAGAAGAAGAAAAGAGAGCUUUCACACGCUACUUCAUUGAUACUAUGAAGCCUAAAGAUAAAGUCAUCAUAUUUGUGGGAAAGAAACUUACAGCUGAUGACUUAUCAAGUGAUUUUAGUCUCCAAGGAAUUCCAGUUCAGUCUCUUCAUGGCAACAGAGAACAGUGUGAUCGAGAACAAGCUUUGGAUGACUUCAAGAAAGGAAGAGUGAGAAUAUUGAUAGCUACAGAUUUAGCAUCCCGUGGGCUUGAUGUACAAGAUAUUACUCAUGUUUUCAAUUUUGAUUUCCCUCGGAACAUUGAAGAGUACGUUCAUAGAAUAGGUCGUACUGGACGAGCAGGACGCACAGGGGAGGCUGUAACGCUUGUCACUAGGAAUGACUGGAGGAUUGCAUCUGAGCUGAUCAGCAUUCUUGAAAGAGCAAAUCAAGCAGUUCCUGAAGAGCUUAUUUCAAUGGCAGAAAGAUUCAAGCAAUUUCAGAUGAAAAAAGAAAUUGAAAAGGAUUUAGGAAGACCUCGUGGAAAGUCCCAGAAAGGUUUUUAAUCACCUGGGAGAUAUUUAAACAACGUAAGGAAUCAGAUUGGUGCAUGCACCCAACGCUUGUCAGCAUUGUUCCAAAAUAACUUACAUGCCUGAUGUUACCACCAUUUAUGUCGGAGUGCAAGGAGGAUGUUACAUCUCUAGUUUGGGACAGAUAAGGCAUGGAAUACUGAUGGGUGUCUUCUUUCAUUGUUGGAAAAUGAAGCAUAUUCUUACAGUAAUAGCUGAAUAAAUCUCUGAACUAAUAUUUCAUCAAGUCUGUCAUACUGAGUGGAUGGAAACCUAACCAAAUGAUUAACAGUACACAAAUUUUGUGAGGCCCGAAUCUUUUUUCUAAUACGGUUAUAUGCUUUCUAUUUUCUUGCUUUCUAUGCUUUCUGGGCCUCUUAUUUUCUUUUACAUUAAGCUUAUAUACUUAUAUACAAAACUCCUGUUGACUUCAGUUGAGCUAAGAUUUCACCUUUCAUAUUUAUUUUGAUGUUUUUGACCUUUUUUUAAGAGAAUAAAGGAAUACAGUUUUGUACAGCACUGAAGUUUUCAAAUGCUGUAAGAUUUUUGCAUUUGCUAAAUAAAAAACUUGAAAAUGUAAUAGCUUUUC